UCGCCACGUCUUCUGUCGUUUGGAACGGAAACCCUGUCAGCGGCGCCAGCGACCUAGCACAUCUUCUCAACACCAUGCCAGGGUCGAAGCACGAGCUGCACGGAUUUGACUGUCACCCUCUGGGAGGCGGGACUAUCGAAGGCACUUUUCAGGCGCCGUCGCUCCUAAUAACGGCCACUGGCGUUGUCGCACACCACACGCCCUCAUCCCUUUCUGCCAUGCCGCCGUCAAACGCGCCUGCAUCCUCCACCUCUUCUUCGAGACGAGGCGUGCCAGCCGAAGGUUCGGACCCUAGCGUGCCCAUCGACAGUCUUCCGCGAGCCUUUUCCCAGAAUUUUGUCCUUGUCAACAACCCUCAAGGCGAAGGAGGGGUCAACUGCUCGGCCGGAGACGAAAAGCCAAUUGUUGGCAAAUACUUCAUCCAGGCUGACACACUCAGGUUCGUUGGCUAGAUGGUCACCCCCUUGUAUCAUCAACCCAUCCUCUUGUACAGUAAUGACAGGUAACAGUACCAACACUAGUAGUAGUACUCGAUCAUCUGC